UCGCGGAGAAUUCGCCAUUUCUGAUUACUUAUAUUUUUCUGGCUACCACUUGUCCCAAAAUAUCUGGCAACCCUGAUUCUAACUCUGACCUUUAGGGUUUGGCUUAGGAUAUGGUUUUCAAUAAAAUUGACUUUGGUUUUGGGUUUAGGAGCACAUAAUUAUUUUGAUGAUAUGGAUGAAGUUUUUCAUAUAAAUACUUGCCCGGAUGCUUCAGAAGCCAUUAAAAACUGUGAAAAUGUUAAUAGUGUUCAUCUCAGUUGCUCCAAUGAAAAUACAGAAUUGCAUAUGCGUCAUCGAUCAGACAAUCCAGAAGAAUACAAUAGCAAUGUUUCAAAUAUUGCUGAAUCUGUAUUAAAAGUUAUUCGUGGUGUAGGGGAGGAUCCAAAUCGUGAAGGACUAUUAAAAACACCAGAGAGAUUUGCAAAAGCAAUGCUGUUUUUUACCAAAGGAUACACUGAAAACCUUCAGGAUGUUGUGAACGGAGCAGUGUUUAAUGAGGAUCACGAUGAACUUGUUAUAGUAAAAGAUAUUGAUUUUUUUUCUAUGUGCGAGCAUCAUUUAGUUACAUUUUAUGGCAAAGUCCAUGUUGGGUAUUUACCAAAUAAGAAAGUAAUUGGAAUUAGUAAAAUUGCAAGAAUUGUAGAAAUAUUUAGUCGAAGACUUCAAGUUCAAGAGAGACUAACCAAGCAAAUUGCACUAGCUUUAUUUGAGGCUGUGAGUCCUUCUGGUGUUGGUGUUGUUAUUGAAGCUUGUCACAUGUGUAUGGUAAUGAGAGGUGUUCAAAAAGUUGGAGCUUCUACUGUGACUAGUUGUAUGCUAGGAGCAUUUCGAGAUGACCCAAAAUCUCGUAAUGAGUUUCUCACAUUAAUUCGAAACAAGUAAAGUUUUGAAUCAUUUUUCAAUGCGAAUCUGUUUUUUCACCUAGAAUUUGAGAAGUUUUUAAUAACCAUAGACUUUCUACCAACGACAUUUUUAGAAUUUAGUGUUCUGAUCGUAAUUUUUCUAGCAUUUUCAAAUUGUAGUUA